UAAGGGAUGCAAAGACUAAAAACCUAGUUCCUAUGGAUCCUAAUGGCUUGUCAGACCCCUAUGUGAAGCUUAAACUAAUCCCUGACCCCAAAAACGAAAGCAAACAGAAGACCAAAACUAUCAAGUGCUCCCUGAAUCCUGAGUGGAACGAGACAUUUAAAUUCCAGCUGAAAGAGGCCGACAAAGACAGGCGGUUGUCUGUGGAGAUCUGGGACUGGGAUCUGACCAGCAGGAACGACUUCAUGGGCUCCUUGUCCUUCGGGAUUUCCGAGCUGCAGAAGUCAGGGGUCGACGGAUGGUUUAAGCUGCUGAGCCAGGAGGAGGGGGAGUAUUUCAACGUCCCGGUGCCUCCUGAGGGAGAAGAAGGAAACGAGGAACUGAGGCAGAAAUUUGAGAGAGCCAAGAUUGGAACAGGGUCCAAGGCCGCGGACGAGAAGACAACAAAUGCCAUUUCGAAAUUCGACAACAACGGGAGCAGAGAUCGGAUGAAGCUUUCGGAUUUCAAUUUCCUGAUGGUGCUGGGAAAAGGAAGCUUUGGGAAGGUGAUGCUGGCGGAGAGGAAGGGCACGGACGAGCUCUACGCCAUCAAGAUCUUGAAGAAGGACGUUGUUAUCCAGGACGACGACGUAGAGUGCACGAUGGUUGAGAAACGCGUCCUGGCUCUCUCCGGGAAGCCUCCGUUCCUGACCCAGCUCCACUCCUGCUUUCAGACGAUGGAUCGCUUGUAUUUUGUGAUGGAGAAGGUGAAUGGCGGGGACUUAAUGUACCAGAUCCAGCAGGUUGGGAGGUUCAAGGAGCCGCACGCUGUAUUCUACGCAGCAGAAAUAGCCAUCUGGGACCUGAAGCUGGACAACGUGAUGCUGGACAGCGAGGGGCACAUAAAGAUCGCAGACUUCGGCAUGUGCAAGGAGAACAUCUGGGACGGGGUGACCACCAAGACCUUCUGCGGCACGCCGGACUACAUCGCGCCUGAGAUAAUCGCUUACCAGCCCUAUGGGAAGUCCGUGGACUGGUGGGCGUUCGGAGUCCUGCUCUAUGAAAUGUUGGCUGGCCAGGCUCCCUUCGAGGGAGAAGACGAAGACGAGCUCUUCCAGUCCAUCAUGGAGCACAACGUAGCCUACCCCAAGUCCAUGUCCAAGGAGGCAGUGGCCAUCUGCAAAGGGUGUGGCCGCAAUGCUGAAAACUUCGACCGGUUUUUCACUCGCCAUCCACCCGUCUUAACACCUCCCGACCAGGAAGUCAUCAGGAACAUUGACCAGUCAGAAUUCGAAGGAUUUUCCUUUGUUAACUCUGAGUUUUUUAAAGCUGGAGUCAAGAGCUACAAGGACAAGCGAGACACCUCCAACUUCGACAAAGAGUUCACCCGGCAGCCGGUGGAGCUCACGCCCACGGACAAACUCUUCAUCAUGAACUUGGACCAGAACGAGUUUGCUGGAUUCUCCUACACUAACCCCGAGUUUGUCAUUAACGUGUAG